GUGGGGCAGCGGUGGAGCUGGAGGGGCUCUGCGUGCUCUACCAGCUGUCCAGGACGGAGCUGCAGGAGAGGCCGCAAAGGAUGCUGAGCUGCGAUCUGGCAAAUUGAAACAUGACUGAUCGAGAUGAGCCUCAGGCUUCUGGCUCUGAUUACCAUGGUGCCCAAGAUCAGAUACAUGGUCAUCAGGAGCCAUCCAAGGAGUAUGCAUGGCAGACAAAUACAAGAAAGAAGUGUUCACAGUCAAGGCAGAAGAAUGCUGCUCCUGGGGAGUCUUCGAAUCAUCUUAACAGUAUAUGUGAAUCAUCAACUGCUUCAGCUGAGGUUUUACUUAUCAGCAGCGAUUCAGAAAUUAAAUACUCUUUUCUUCUUCAGUGAUGUCUCUGUUGCUCCUGGCAGUGAGUGCCGUCCUGGGUGCUCCAUUGCACCGUCAAAGCAAAAAAGGAGGUGUCAAUCUUCAAGGCAAGAAGCUGAAUCUGUUGCAGAAAUGCCUGACAAUGAAAGCUCGUCAGAUUCUUCUCUGUCUCCCCAAAGUCCAGUGAAAUCAUCGGAAGUUUCCAAGCAGCAGAAGUCAAAACUCAAUUUGAAAGCCAUUUUUGCCUAUCACUUCAGGGGAAAGAAGUUUAAAGCCGCCGCACACCGAAAAUACAAAGCUGGCUCAGGGAAGAAAAGGAAGAAAAAGAAAAAAUGUGAGGGCACAAGGAUGCCCACAGGGAGGCCACCACUGACAGCCUCACCUCAGGAGCAAAAGAGGAGGCUGCUGGACAGAGGUUUUCAGUUCCCUUUUGUCGAAAAGCAUUAUGGGGAGAAACAUAUUCCCUUAAAGAUGGUUCUUGGCUAUGAGCAAGCAGCUGCAAAGGGAUAUUUCAAGUACAUUGAAGUGCUUAAAUAUGAAGAACAUCUUAAAAAAGCUUUAAAAGCCCUUCAGGCUGGUGAAGACUUAGAAAAAGAAUGUGUGGUGUUAAGGAAACACAAAUACCUAGAUGAUGAAGGCCCCAUUUCUCCUAUUCAGGAGACAAAUGAUGAUGAGGACAGCUUGAAUUCUGACAAUAAGGAGCAAUAUGAUGCCAGAGUAGUGGAGAACAGCUCUUUCAUUAUAAGCAGCACAAUUCCCAGUAAGAAAAAAUCAAAGCCAGAAACAAAACGUGCAAAAUCAACUGCAGUGAUUGAAAUAGAGGAUGACGAAGACAGUGCUGAGGAGAACUCCUUGCCUGUGCAAGGUUCACCUCUGUGAACAGCAGAUGGGACAAAUGAGGUGUCAGCGGUCGUUUUUCAUGACCUGCUUCGUUUAAAGCAUUGGUCUGAAGUCAGUGUUGAGCUACCUACCAAGCUACCCAGUCACAUCUGGUGUAAUUUUAUAUUGCUUUUGGAGGAUGAAAUACCACUCAUUUUUCUUGCUGCAAGAGGUAAGCUGUUGGUUUCAGUUUUGUUUCCUUCAGGUAGCUUUUUUUACUGUACUUCACAAGAGGUUUUGAAAAAACAGUGCUCUAUACUUGAAGUGGAUGUAUUACAGUGCUUCACAGCUGCGCAGCUUUUGUGUGUGAAGGUUCCAAGGUCUAGAGUUCAGUCCCACAUCUCUUUCACCAGUCUGACCAUAAUUAGCCUAUAGCCUCUUUGAAUGAAAACAAAAACUUGAGUUCUUGAAUAUCUGUUAAGUGCAGUUUUUGUUAGAAGUUUUGUAUUGAAAUACUUUGUUUUUACCUGAUGUUGCGUGCUGCAGGGCAACUUUGUCUGGUUUGGACAAUACUACCUGGGAUUUUCUCUGCUGAAGAUGUUGAGGAACUACUGUACACUUAGUCUCAUCGUGGUGCCUCACACACACUUUCUGUACCAGGGCGUAUCAUACAGUUGCAGCUUCUGAUGGCUUCCCUGUGGUAAAAUUCCAUCUUAAAUCAUGUCCCAUGCAAGAACAGUAGGGACAGCAGAGAGGAGCUGGUAGUCUUGCAUGUACAUAGCUGUGAAAGCUUCUUACUGUAGGAUGUUAUCAAGUUUGUGUGGCUUCAGGACAGUGUAGGAAAUAGCAUGGAAGAAAGCACCGUGUAAGGUUACUGCAUAGGAAAACACCUGUAACAUGGGAAGCGCUGAGCUAAAGGUGAUCAAGUAAUGAAACCUUACAAGAACAUUCUUUAGUAAGAGGAUAAAGAGGAUAGGAACAGGGCGUCUUACUUGGCCAGUGAUGUAGUUAGGAGUACUGCGCUGUUCAACACAGCAUAGAUUGUUCUUAGGAUGGCAUGUCUGAUGCUGAACUCCUUGCCACAGUUACUUUUUGGUUUAACCUACCUGUCUAUAGAAUGAGAAAACACAAUAGUAGUGGAAGGUGACAGUUUUUAACAGUAACUACAGUGAAUUGGGAAAUAGCUUCAAAUGCUGUUUCAAAGAUAGUAAAAGAUGAAUGCAUUCAGUCUGUUCUAGCACUUGAUCAGGUUUUGUCUGUUUCUGUAGACAAAAACCUGGAACCUAGUGCUUAGAAAAAACCCUUCUUUUGCAACCCACAGCUGAUGAACAUAUUAGUUGUGUUACUUAUAUGAAGGGACAAUAUUUGCAUGAACUCCACUGAUCAAUCUCAGGCAUGAGUUUAAUGUACCAGAUUUGUAGAAGUGUAGGUAGCUCAGUUGUAUCUCUUUCUUUGCAGAUGAGAACACCAAUGCUGCAGCAGUGGGCAGAUUUAAUUUUUUGGGGAGCAUUUGAUUUAUUAUGGCUGUUUGCUGGCCCACUGAUUCACAAAUCUGACAGUUCAGUGAAUUUCUGUUCAACAUGGGAGUGAAGGAGGGGCAUUCUUGUGGUGUCUGGAAUGCAGUAGAAGGCCUCUACUUAAGUUGAAGUCCAUGUGAUAGUCCAGUCUGAACUACCGUCUUGGAGGCAUGUAUUUAGAGAAAAUAACAGAAGAAAUGCAGGAUGCCAUUUCACAGCAAUCCGAAGCUCUCUCUAGGGUUAGUAUGACAUUUGAAGUUUUGCAUAUACCUUAAUGACUGAAGGACUCUGGUGGCUGGAAGUCCUAUCAAAUCUAGUUUACUGUUUUGUGAGGGUUUCAUGAACUGGUUUCAACACUGCAUUACUGUAGCAUUCACUCUCUUAGGGGAACAAUUUAUUGUAACUUUGAUUUGCCUAAAAAGCAUUCAUACAAAUUUCUCAUUCAGAAAGGAGGUGAUCAGGUUAACUGCAUAAACUGACAGUUUUGCUUGGACAAGUGAGUUGCACUUUACAGUAAAUUUAUAGGGAGGAUUCUGUACAUAUUUGUAGUUAACUGCCUUUGAUGUUUGCUUUUCAGGUAACUAUUACUGUUAAAACUGUUGCUAAUAUGAAGGAGUUACUUCAUCUUCUCCAGGUGCCAGCUGUUGAAAUCAUUUACUCUCCUUCUUCCCCAAAAUAUCUUGAAACGACUUAAAAAAGACACUCAGCGGGAUAUAUAGCAGAUACAUUUCCGAUCUGCUUGAUUUUUAUCUGUCAUGUUAAUAUAUAGUACAAGGAAUGCUGAGGUCUAUCCCGAUAGGAUCUUCUCUGUAGGUUCGUGUCGUUGGAAACGCCUCACAGAAUAAACUUGUGGUUUCGCUUUACCCAUUGAACUACCUGUUAGCUCUGUGGGAUAAAACUGCAAGACAUCUUCAUGUAGCAUCCUAGGAACUGUAAUAAUGCACCGUGUUCUCCUUUAGGUGUACUGUGACAUGCUUUGAUAGAAAUGAAAAAAAUUAUUCAAGUGGAAAAGCUUGGUAAGAGUCAAAAUACAGAGUGUUUUGGGACAUCAGGUGCAACUAACGUACUAAAUUACACAGGCUGAAUUUAUUCUUCACCCAGGUUUUAGUGUAGAUACCUGACUUUUAACACUAUUUUUUGCUGCUUGAGUGUUCUGGAUGGCUUGAAACAGUCAAUUCCCCCUUCAUCAUGGAGUAAUUAUUCUUGUGGUGGCUGUAGGCAAGAAGAGACAGCACUGUGGUGUCUGUCUUGAAGUAACUUACUGCGUUUGUUUUGUGUCAAGAGAUGCUCCACAGUUUCACACUGAGCAGCUGCUGUUCAGGUGAAAGGAGCAUUAGGUGAAAUUCAUGGAGUCUGUUUUCCCUCUCCAGUUGCAUGGCAGCUUUUGUGAAAUGACAAGUACCUCUUAUUCCCAGACACUAACUGGUGCAUGGAAGAAGGCUGAAUGUUAAAAUGAGCUGUUCAUGGAUGGAGAACUGCAGCUGUUUCUCUGUAUGGCACUUCCACCCAGCUGCAUUCUCCUGAUGAGGUGUGCAAAAAGCUGUGCUACAGCAGUGCAGUGUUUGGCAUCACUGGUUUUUGUUCAGCUGUGUCUGUUAAACCUGGUAUUUUUUCUGAAACAGUCUUUGACCUCUUCAGUGAUUUAAGUGUACUUGCUUUCUAUUUUCAUGUUCCAGUGUGAGAGCUGAGUAUUAGCCUCUGGAACUCAGCAAGUGCGUUCAGUUUCUUCUUUCUAACAGGUGCUUUAGGAUACUGAACAAAGUGAACCUCCCUGUAUUAAAAAGAUGAGCUGUGGAAGGUAAAAGCAGCCUGUUUUAUAGUGUCUGCUACCAAGUUGCUGCAUGUCAGAGGGAUGAGAAACUCCACCUGAGUGCUACCAAAGUGAGUGUGAAGGCUCUGGUGAUAUUGCUGAAAGUCUGCUGCAGUGAGCUACACAGCUGUUCCAAAUGGAGAAAGAUCUUACCUAAAGUGUUUAUUGCAGUUAUUUGGCAUUAAAAGUAGUGCAUAUUGUGACUUGCCUCUUGCCCUCUUGUGAGAUAUAAAGGUGCCUGUGUGUUAGAAAAGACCCAGCUGAGUAUAUUGUGUUGUAAUUUGACUGAAAAUAACUUGAUCAGGUGUUUUCCCUCACUUCCCUGUCACUGAAUUCUCACUGUACUGAAGCCCUGGAUAGGUAUUUAUUCUGUACAGAAUGUCAUAGCAUUUAAAUAAAACUGUAUCUGAGCUGCA